AUGGAGGCAGUUCAGUCAUGGGUUUCACAGCACAAGCUCACUUCCAUUGGAGCACUAUGGGCAUCUGGAAUUGGAGCAUCACUUGUGGCUUAUUCACGAACAAAGUCUCCAAUGAAGCCAAGUCUCAGGCUUAUCCAUGCUAGGAUGCAUGCCCAGGCGCUAACUCUUGCAGUGCUGUCAGGUGCAGCUGCUUAUCACUAUUAUGAAAAUCGUGCUUUUCAGCCAAAACAACAUAGUCCUGCUCCAAAUGUUACCGAGCUAGUUGAAUGGGAGCUCCACAGUCCUUUCUAA